AUGACUUAUUUUGGUGUCUAUGUAGGGUGUGUUGUCAUGGAUAAGCAAUAUGAGAUGAAGUACCUCCGGAAGCAAUCGUUGUCAUACAGAGAGAAUACACUAGAAGACGAACAUAGAAUGAUGGCUGAUAUGAUAGAAAAGGCUAGGGAGGAGUUUCAAAUGAUCCCUGUACCAAAGCCAGCCCGAUAA